AUGAAUGUGGCUGCUCUCCCGGUCACCUUUGGCGUGUGCGAGGCUGAGACCAGCAAUAUCGGCUCCGGUGAAAAGGUCAUCACCGAGCGUGGGCCGGGUGGUGGACGCUGGAAGGAAGGUUUGGGCCAGGCACGCUGGGCGAUUGGGAGUGGCCAAGCUCUUAAGAGCCUAGAGGGGUUCAUUAAAGUUACCAAUCGACUUCUUUGA